AUGCAAGCUAAAUUUGAAGAAUUUUUUCAAAAAGUUAAAAAUCAAACAACUUAUGAUGAAGAAGAAUUAUUUAAAUUAGUUGAAUUAUCAAAAGUUACCCAAGAGGAUAAAAAAGAAAAAGUUGCAAAUUUUGCAAAUAUUUUAUUUAAAUUAACAAAAUCAACACCAUCAGAUUCAAUAAAUGCAACUAUCAUCAAACAAGUCAAUGAUGAUGCUCGAAAAUAUAUUGAUGAAGUUGGCGAUGAUGUUAAUGUUAGUUUUACAAUUGCUUUAAUUUUCGUUACAAUUAUACAAUUAUUUAAACAAGAUGCAAGUAUUAAUUCACUCCUUAAUAAUGCAUCAACAAUUUUAGUAAAUAUCCUUUAUAAACAAGGUAAUCACAUUGAUUCAAUGGAUUUAUUAAUUGAAACUUUUGAAAUACUUUCAAAAAAAACAAAUGAUGAAAAUAAAAGAAUGUAUUAUGUAUCAAGAAGUAAUGAAAUUGCUCGUUAUAAAUCUGAUUUCCAAUCUGGUAAACAAGUUAAACUUUCACCAACAUCAUCAGAAAAACUUCAAAAAGCAUUUACCUAUAAAGAAAAAGGUACUGAUGCAUUUAAAAAAAGUGAUUGGAAAGGUGCAAUUUUUAAUUAUCAUUGUGCAAAUAAUUAUGUAACAGGAUUAAUGGGGUUAGGAGAUGAAGAAGAUACAAUUUCAAAGAAUUUAGUAUUAGUUUUAACAAAUAAUAUUGCAAUUUGUAAUAUGAAAUUAGGUAAAUUCAAAAGAUCAAUCGAAUUAUUAGAUCAAGUUUUAAAGAGUGAUCCAAACAAUGUCAAAGCAUUAUAUAGAAGAGGUAAAUGUUUGGUAGCAGAGAAAGAAUAUAUACAUGCUGAAGAAGAUUUAGAAAAAGCUCUAACUCUCACUCCAAAUGAUAAAGAAAUUAUAGCUGAAUUGAAAAUUUGUAGACAAAAAUCAAAUGAAUUCAAAAAGGUUGAAGCAAAAGCUUAUAGUAAAAUGUUUGAUUAG